AUGGAUAUGCCCAUAGAGAUUAAUAGUGAUAAUAAAAUUUCCAAGAUUAAGGUGAAAGAGGAAGUUUACGAGUUACGUAAUCUACGUGAGGCUGCCAAAAUCGCGAGCAUUUAUCAUAGAACCGAUCGUAAAUUCCAAAGGAAUAAGAAACUUUCUCACAUUGUACACGCCACGUUGAAUUUAGUGCAAUUUGCACUAAUAGGAUGCAUAUUUGGUACAAUUUCAAUGCUCACAGCUGGUAUUAUGGAAAUGAAACAGGUUGAUUGGUAUAUUGAUCAUUAUGAGAUCACCGAUGAAAAAUUAUUCGAUCAUCCAAUAUUUGUUCAUAGUUUUUCUAUGUGUAUAUUGUCGAUUUUUAUCAUGACAUUUUAUUUGAUACACGUUUGGAUUCUAUUCGACGUAUGGCAAUGGAUGACAAAAUUUGGAAGAUCAUCGGACACCAGUGAAUCCGAAUACAGUUCAUAUUUAAGUACAAAUAGCGAAAUAAUCGAAGAUCCUUCAAAAUCUUUUGAAAUAGAACAACCAGGACAAUUAGAUCCUAUUCCUGCAUUGAACAAACUUAUCACCAAAAAAACACCGAUCGAUUCUACUUUACCCGAUGACGAACCUGUUAUAUUAUACUGCUGUUUCGUUGAUUGUUUUAAUUACAUCAAGUAUAGUCGUAAAAAGAAACCUAAACACGAGUUUCAAGUGAUUCAUGUAUUAUAA